AAAAUUUCUCAUGAAAAUUAGUACUAACGUUCUACAUUUUCCAAAAAAAUUAUGUAUCGAGGUGGGUUUUACUACAGCUACCUUAUUCAAAGUCGAUGUGCCUAACAAUUUUUAUCCAGCCCAUAUAAUCAUAUCGGAUCUCCUAAUGCUACGUGGAGAAAUUACAGACCCACGAUGUUCAAAUCACAAACAAACACAUAUUUGCUAAAUUGCCACCACUAACCGGUCUCGACGACCCCGGUUUAGAAUUCGCAGUGGGCACCAAGCAAAUUAGAAUCAGACCAAAUCAAAGCUUUACUUUUCUAAUUCACAAAUCGAAUCAUCCAUCAAAGUGACUGAAGAGAUCAAAGAGUGGUAUCAAAUGGGUAGCGACUGGAGAAGAUCAAUGGGGAACGUGAGGUCGUUCGUGGGAAACUCCAUGGGUGGACUUAGAGGAGGUCAGAAUCUCGCUUCUUGGCUCGUCGCGGGAACAAUCGCUUACUAUCUUUGGGUUAAACCAGCUCAAGAUCUCAAAAAGGAACAGCAGGCGAGGGCACUUCUCGCGGUGGCUGAUGCGAAUGAAUACGUCGAGAAGAGGAAACCAAUCGCUGAUCCUCAGGCUGUUUCAGCUAGAGAAACCAGUGUCACACACGAUCCACUGCAACUUGAUCCCGUUGGAAGAAGGCGCAACAAGAAACAAGGAAGACCGAGUAGUAGGCGAAUCACCUAAGGAUACUGAUUCUUGAAAACCGCUUAACUGAAUCACAGGAGUAACACAGACACAGUUAAACAGUGACUGUAUAUAUAGGAGCUGGCCAGUAUAGGAGUUAGUACAUCUCUCGUGUCUCGUAUUACUUGUUGAAAUGUUCUUGGUUAAGAACCGGUUUUGCAUACCGGUAGAAUAAUGAUACUCUAUUUGUAGCCUUUUAGUUUGUUCAAUUUGAAGUUUGGAACCGGCUCGAA